AUGCAUGACGAUCCGUUGCGAAAAUUUCUCAACAACUUUGAGGAAUUGGAUCCAAGGGCUUUCUACUGUGACUUGCGGCCAUAUCUCUCCGGAUGGUCUCACGGGAAAAUAUCCAAGGGACUGGUGUAUGAGGGUGUGCCGGACAGUGUUCUCACAGGCGCUGAAGCAGGUGAUCUCAGUGGAGAAACUAUCCCGAAGAAACGGGUCUACAUGGGCGCCAGUGCCGGCCAGUCCGUCAGUCUCCAAUCAUUCGAUGCCCUUCUCGGAAUCGAACACUUUAAAGACGUUGAAACAUUUUUCGCAGACCUUCGGAAGUACAUGAUCCUCGAACAUCGUCGCUUCAUUGAAGAUCUAAGGAAAUACGUUCAUCUAAGAGACUUUGUUACGAAAAGUGCAUCGAAAGAGCUGAAGAUGGCCUACAACUCUUGUGUGAAUGAAUUGCUUUGCUUCAGAAAGGAUCACCUUCAAAUUGUGGACAAGUUCAUUAUUGAGCCAUCAAAACUGUAUACCGCCAAGAUAGAAGGUCUGAAAUCACAGGGAACUGGAGGAACGGGUAGGCUCCAAAUUGAAUUUCACGACACCUCCUCCUUCCUUUCGAUUUACCAUGAUGUUGAUGGCAGUCCGCACCCCUAA